AUGAGGCGACCUACCCAAAGACGGCAAGGCCUGUGCAAAGUGAUGAAGACCUGCGCGCUGGUCUUGGCGAUGCUUUUCAUUGACAGUGCGCACGAGCAUUUGACCUUUGUCGGCGGCGGAUGCAAUCCAUUCCAGCCCCCCACAAGAUUUGACGCAAGACUUCCGACUAGAUUGAAAGCGCAAGUCCGCAAUGCAAGUCCCCAAAAGCGUCGGAUACUGCCACCGCUGGGCGACUCGGCAGAUGUGCAGAAGCAUGUUUUCAUUUCCCUGACAGACUACAACAAGAAAAUUGACAAGUUGGUUGAAGGAGACGAUAAAGUCGUUUUCCUCCGCGGCGGAGUAGCCACCGGCAAGACAACACUGGCGGAGCAUUUGGCACGUGAGUUUCCCGAGAAGUACGUCAAUGUUCCUGCAACUGAUGAAUGCUCCGAACAGGCCUGGAAAUCGAGGACAGUUGAAGCUAUCGAGGAGCGCACGAAAACGACAGUUGAAAGAAACAGUUUAGAGUUCAGCAAUGCCCUGAAGAUAGCAAAAGCAAACGAUCUGACCUUGAUUUAUGACGAAGCCCGCACAGUGUUCGCAUCCGCGACAUUGUGCUUUAACCUCUUCAAGAGCAACAAACAGUAUCGAACAAAGGUGUUGCUAUUCUCAGCUUCAGGGGACGCUUCCACUGCAUCCGGCCGUGUUGUGUCCACACCCGCUGAAAUCACCCAGAAGUACAUGUGGAUACCUCCCUUGAGCAACACGCAAGAGCUGGAGACUCAGCUUGAGGAAGCCGGUGUUAGGCUGGACCAGAAGAGCAUCCAGUUCUUUAUGCGAUUUUGCGGCGGACAUCGUGGCAUCUUCAUCGCAACAAUGCACUGGGUGCAGAGCAAGCAGAGCAAGCAGAGCAAGCAGAGAAGUGGUAAAGGCUGGGAUUUCCGGCAGACAGUGGGGUUUGUGCGGAAUAGCUACAAUGGAGGAGAUUGGGAUUGUGCAAGCAAUGAGAUUUUGGGAUACCUGCAGAAGAGCCGUGCAGUUAGGGUCAAUGGCCUCUACGAAGAUGUGAGCAACGUGCCAAGAGUGAGGGCACAGAACCCUUUGCUUGCCUCGUAUUACUUCCACAAUUUGAAGAAGAGGCACAGUUUGCAAGUUCAAUUUGAGCGCGGCAAACCCCAACACUGUGCAGACCUAUUGAUGCGCGCAUUGCCCUACCUGCUCUUCUCCCAGGUUGUGAGCUUCGAAGGAAACACAUCUGAGUUGGCGAAGGAUGGUCUUCCGGGUGAGGAGCAGUGCAACCAGGCAAUUUGCACGGUCUUGAAAGAUAUGGGAUUUCAGCCCGUUUCCACAAAGCGAUCUCGGAAGGGUGAAGGAAAUCCAGAUAUUGCACUUGAAAUUGGUGGGGAGCGUUUUGUUUUGGAGGGUGUGAAACUGAAUGGAAACAUCACCGAGCACCUUCAGCGCUUCGAUAGCAAGACCAACUACAAGAACGCCAAACACAAGGCUCUUUACAUCAUCGGCAAUGACAGUGAAAGGAUGCUCGACAAGGUGAAGAAGACUACAGCUGAUGAUGUUCAAGUCAUAGGCUUAGUCCCCAACAUCGCCCACACCGGAUACACCGUCCACGUGAAGAGCAAGGGCAUCAAAAGCACCAACAAGUUCACAGUGGACUGUGACCUGGUGGCACGACGGUUGGUGCUCAAAGACGAUGGCAAGCCUGAGCUCCACAGUGUGCAGUCGCUGAAGAGCAUCAACCUGCCUCCAAAAGCUGAGACCAGACCCUUGCACUGGUUUUGCGCUGCUUUUUUGUCGGUCUGGUGUUUUGUCCGCUCUUUUGGGGUGGGAUAUGUCAGUUUUUUCAUUCAAUGCAUGGAUUGUCAGUUGCAAGAGCAGUGCUGCCUGCAACCAAUAGGGUUGUCGCCCGCAAGGCAGUGCCGCCUCGCAACCAUCCGCUGCGGUGUGGGUCUGUCAGCUGGGAAGCCCUGCCUGGACCUUACCAGCAGCUGUGAGCAGUUUUGCCUGCCCUGCAUUCACGUUCUGAAAACAGCUGUCGACUUCCUUCUCAGAAGAGCUCUCAAAUUGUCGCCUAGCUCCAAAAUCAAAGGCGUUUGUGGAGCCACCGGUAAAACGGAUGGAUGUGAACUGGAUUGCAGUGCUUGUGCCUUACGAGGACGGCAAGAACUUCGAGGUCAUUGGCAACCCCUUUCAAGUUAA